CCUCGCGCUUUGAUUGGCCACCGGGCGAGCGGAGUGAAGGGUCGCUGCAGUGCGGCGCAGACUCCACAUCCGACCCGAGGGGGGGGGGGGCCUCUUGGCGCGUGCGCUCGCCGGUCGGUGGGGGGCAUUGGUGGUGAGCGCGCAUGCGCGCGGGGCUGGAGGAUCUGUUGCUGGUCUCGUACUUAGUCGCUUUGCGUUUUAUCGUUCCUCUUCUAUUGGGGACAGUGGGAAACGCUUUUGGCUCUUAACAUCAGGGGGGAGGCUCGGGGCUUGUAGGGCGGUGAACUGGUUGGCUUGGUCGCGGCUUUCUGUGUUCGGCCCCUUCCCCCUCCUCUCCUGCUCCUGUCGUCGUUUGGCCGUAACAGGAACCGUGCAAACAAGAGAAGAAAGGAACCCAAAAUGAAUCAUUCAUUGGAGAAUUCAAUUCCCUAUGAUGAAUAUUUAAGAAUGAAAGCACGGACAAUGCCACAACAUCGUAUGAAAGAAUUUUUGGAUUCGGUGAAUGGGAAAGGAUCUGAAGAAAUUCAACAAUUUGUUCAAACUCCUGUUACAAUGUACCAACAAAGAGGACACUACAUAUACAUGGACAGUGCUGAUGUUGCUGGAUCUUUGCUCGAGUUAUCUAGACCUAUUAGUUCUCCAGUUCAACAACACACAGCCCAGGGAUCGCCAAUAGGACAACAGCAGAUGCAGACUCAUUCAGUACAGGCUCAGCAACCACACCAGUUGGAAAUUCAAACAGAUCACCAGACCCUGCAAGCAAAGCAGAUGCAAGCUCAAUUGCAUUCGCAAACUACUUCUGAGGAGCCACAAUCUGGCGGUAGGGUCAUCAGCUCCUUAGCACAAGAACGAAGACCCAGCUCUUCAGGUGUUCCUCAACCAGUGAAAAAAAGGAAAGUUGAUAUACCAGUUGAAGAAAGCUACACCAUGAGUCAGCCUCCAGGGCAAAAUACAGUGACCACUGUGCUUACUUUGCCUUCUCAGGUACAACAGCAAGGCUAUGUUCCUAUUCGCCAGGAACUGCUUACUGUGGACAGCAGUCAGUUAUAUAGUGUUGUUCCAGCUACCACCUCAACUUCUGGCCCAUUAACCAAUGCAGAAUCCUGGACUAUAUAUACAACUCCUGCACCUGGCUCUGAAGGUCAAACAGUACUCCAAACCACAAUCCCUCAUGAUGACUGUAACCUAGUCCAAAUUGAUGAAAUCCCAAUGAAUGUGACUGGAAUCAAAAUAGAAGAGGACAAAGACAAGUCUCUGGAUGCAGGGAAAUGCCAGCAAGACAAAAUGAUACAUCCGUCCGUGACAACUGCAUUCUCAACACAAUUUGUGAGUGCAAAUGGAAGUCUUCCUAUUCCUGUUACGAUGCAGGCUGGUGGGAGAACCUAUCAAUCUCUGAAAUACUGGGAUCCACAAGUACAGACUCAAGCGAUUCAUACCCAGUCGACGGAGCACCCCAUUGAAAUCCAGCCAGAUUUAAUGCUGCCUGAUUCUCUAAAGCCAGAAGAAGGAGCCAGUGUGUGGCAGAACUGGGCUCAAAUUAAGAAUGCAGAAAUAAUGAAAGAGGCUGAAAGUAAACCACCUUUGCCAGGAAGACGCCAGCCGAUGAAAUUUAGAGAAGAUGCUCUUUGUGCAACAUUAGUUGAACUCAAUUAUGGACUCUGUUUAAUGACCAAAGAAGCAAGAGAUCCAGAUGGUGCUCCCUAUGAGGCAGAUCUGCUGUAUUAUUUCUUUCUUUGUAUUCAGAAGCAUAUGUUUGAAAAUGGAAGAAUAGAUAAUAUUUUUGCAGAUAUCUAUUAUUCUAAAUUUACUGAAAAGUUACAUGAAGUCCUUAAGGAAUGGCAUCCUAAAAUAAGUUUGCUUGGUUAUGUUAUUCCUAGUCGUAUUACUGAGGAGAUGCUAUGGGAUUGUAAGCAGUUGGGAGCACAUUCUCCAGCUACUCUUUUGUACACGUUGAUGUAUUUCAAUACCAAGUAUUUUAUGCUGAAAACAGUUGAACAACACUCCAAAUUAGCUUUCUCAAAAGUAUUAAAGCAGAUGAAGAAGAAUCCUGGCAAUUCAAAGGAUAAGUGCUCUAGUAUACGAUAUCUGCGAUUAUAUGGACAGCUUCAAGCUGGACAGAAAGUUACAGAAGAUAUGUAUGUUGAGCAACUUGAAAAUUCUGAGAAUCCCUUGAGGUGCCCCAUUAAACUCUAUGACUUCUACCUCUUUAAAUGUCCACAGAGUGCUAAAGGACGUAAUGAUGCCUUCUACUUGAAUGCUGAACCAGUGGUUGCACCAAAUAGUCCGAUUUGGUAUUCAACACAACCUGUCAGCAAUGAAGCCAUGGAACAAAUGUUGACCAGAAUCCUUAUGAUAAGGGAAGUCCAAGAAGCUUGUGCAAAUACCCAUCUUCCUCCAUUCCAGUAAAAGAAUUCCCCAAGCUGCAUGGUAGGGGAAAGAAACUGCUUGCCUGUAGCAACUCAUAGGAAUUUUAUUUUAUGGAAGAGAAGCAUCUUGCCUUUUCUAGCGCUCUCAGAUGUUCAUGCACGAUGUGCUUGAGAACUUGUAUAUACUGAAAAUUGAUGUCAGAAUUUGUAAACCCAGUAAAAUUCUGGGUGAUUUAUGUUGCAAUUCUAAAAGCCUGACCAGUUCUAUUGUUUCCUUAAACUAUACUGAAAUAUGUAAUGGUCUAACUGAACAAACUGUAAAUAAGAGGAAAGUUUAAAAACUAUUUCUUCCAGUUGGUGGUAGUAAAGUUUGCUAAUUCAUCUUUAAAUUCUUUAACAAGCUUUGAAAUUAAAUUAUGUGCAUUCCAAUUUGUGGUGACACAGGUAAUUGUGGUCAUUGUAUAACUUAAUUCCUUGUUUGGAUCUAGACUCCAAUUCUGUUCUACCUGUAUUACAGAUGCUUCCAUGAACAGUCGUCUUUUUAGCAGACUGAUAUGUUCUUUAACAUAUGUUUUUGUAUGUAAUGUACCUGGUGUACUUCUGUGCCUAAUGUGGAUAAUCCACUACAAAUUUUGAAAGAAACUUUAUAAAAUAUAAAUACUGCAUUUGCAUGAACAGAAUUAAACUAGGUUUAAGAAAUGUUGGCUUUAGGUUUUAAACCAUAUCAACUUUACCUCACAAACCUGUGACAUUAUGGCUUGGUAUCAGAUGGGCACAGGAAAAUUUCUUACAGACUACAGUAUAUUGUACUAGAAAGGUUUUGAGUAGUUAGGUUUGGUGGUUUUUACUUUUAUGGGGGCAAUUAUUUUCCCACUUUAUUUUGAAUCACCGAUUAAAAUAAAAUCAACAAUGUUAUACUCAUGUAGUGCAUACCAAGGAUGUCACGUUACCUUUGUAAUUUUUUUAUAUAAAUCGUUCACUAAUUUCAUUGGUCUAGGUAGAAACAAUAAAUUUUGCCUAUGAAAAUAAAACAGCCAUUUGUUUUGAG